CGUUCCACCGAGGAAGCUCUGCUCAGUUUGUGGCCUCCAGAUCUGCAGAACGUUGCAGGAGGACGGGUGACCCCAGUCGGCAAACACUGUCCAUGACCAUGUCCAGUCCUCUUGUCUCAAGCCUCUCCGGAGCGGUGCAGGACCUUACACGUCAUCGCUUACCGCUGCUCUGCGCGGCAGGGUUGGGCGUGACCGCCAUCGCCUAUUUGUGGUGGAGGAAGAACCGUUGGCAGCUGCGUCAGGUAGGCACGGUGUCGCAGCUCCUCAUAUACCCCAUUAAGUCAUGCCGCCCCGUCUCCGUUGAAGAGGCUGAAUGUCUAGAACUUGGCUUGAGGAACGGAGAGCUUGACGAUCGGCACUGGCUGGUGGUGGCCGAAGACGGUCACAUGGUGACGGGCAGGCAGGAGCCACAAAUCGUCCUGAUCGACGUGAACAGGCAUGGCGGCUCUCUUUGUCUUGAGGCUCCGGGAAUGGAGAAGAUAUCUGUGUCCUUUUCUCUGCCGAAGACCAACAAGGUGUUGGACUGUCGGGUCUUCGGAACGGACAUCCAAGGCCGUGACUGCGGAGACGAGGUGUCUCGGUGGCUGACCUCCUAUUUUCAGAGCAGCCAGCCGUACCGCUUGGUGCACUUUGAGCCUGGGGUGAUGAAACCACGCAAAUCCAAGGAUCAGGAAAAAUUGUUCCGGGACAAAGACGUCAUUGCCUAUCCCGAUGCCAGCCCCGUCAUGCUCCUUUCCGAAACGUCCCUGGAGGAGCUCAACAAGCGCUUGGAGAAGCCGGUCACUCUGGGAAAUUUCCGGCCCUGCAUCGUGGUGUCUGGAUGUGAGGCCUUUGCUGAAGAUGGCUGGGAUGACGUGGAAGUGGGCACCACCAAGCUAAAGAGGGUCAUGGCCUGUGGCCGUUGUCUGCUGACCACAGUGGAUCCCGAUACUGGAAUCAUGAGCCGGAAGGAGCCCCUGGAAACGCUGAGGACCUUCCGACAGAGCGAUCCUUCUCUGAGCCACCUCUACAAGACCGCUCCACUUUUUGGCCAAUACUACGGAGUGGAGCAAACCGGAAAAUUGAGAGUGGGAGAUCCAAUCUAUAUCAAGGUCCGCAAGGAUUAAGGUUCGUUCCCUAUGC